UGCUGGCUGUAAAACGCCGAUCAAGUCUCAUGGCAUGACAUGCGACUCAUGCAAACAUGCCAUAGAAGGAACAAAUUACCACUUCGACGACGGCAAAUUCUACCAUGAAGAUUGCUACCGAAAUCUAAACGCGUAUAAAUGCGACGAAUGCAAACAACAAAUUGACGGCAACGAUAAUUGUUGCAUGUUUCGUGGAAAGCAUUUCCAUCAUGGUUGUUUCUCAUGUACGCAAUGCCACAGACCGUUAUCUGGAGAAGUAUGUAACGUCUUCACAGGGCGAAGGUUCUGUAGGCGUUGUCGUUAGAAACAAACCACAUACCUUCUUUCAUGACUCUUCAU